AUGGCUUCUGCCCUCAACAGCAAAAUUCACCCGCCCGGGACUUCCCCAGGCUCCAAAGCCGACUCUAGCUGUGGCCCCGGCUGGAGAAUGGACUGUGAUCCCGAGAUGCAUGUGAAAAUGUGCAAGAAGAUUGCCCAGCUUACCAAGGUGAUUUAUGCCCUGAACACUCGCCAGGAUGAGGCCGAGGCCAGCAUGGAAGCGCUGCGGGAAGCACACCAGGAGGAGCUCCAAGGCGCUGUGGCUGAGACCAAGGCCAGGCUCCUGCAGGAACAGGCCCGCAGUGAUGAUGAAGAGACCCUUCUCCAGCGCAUCCAGGUCCUGGAGAGUGCCCUAGAGCUGCAGAAGAGGUUGACACAGGAGGCACUGGCCGAGUCAGCCACGUGCAGGCUGGAGACCAAAGAGAGGGAGCUGCGGGUGGAGGCAGAGCAUGCUGAGCGGGUGCUAUCGCUCUCCAAAGAGAUGCUGGAGCUCAAGGCCGACUAUGAGAAGAGGCUCCGGCACCUGACCAGCCACGAAGUCUCCCAGUGGGGCCGACUUUCCCAGGAGAGCCCAGACACCAAGGCAGAGCCAGGCCAGGGCCCUGAGAUGCAGGAUGUCCUGCUGGAGGUGGAGCGGCUGCGAGUGGAGAACCAGCAGCUAAGCCAGGACUAUGCCCGCAAGGCUGAGGAGCUGCAGGCCACCUACGAACGGGAAAAUGAGGCCAUCCGGCAGGCCAUGCAGCAGUCAGUGAGUGAGGCCUUGUGGCAGUGGCAGGAGAAGGAGACCGACCUCCGCAAGAACUUCCAAGUCCAGGAGUCAGCUCUGCAGGCCCAGGUCAGGAAGCUGGAAGGGGACCUGGAACACAGAGGCCGCAAGAUAAGUGACCUGAAGAAGUAUGCACAGAGGCUGAAGGAAAGAAUUCAGGACCUGGAUGUGCAGCUCAAGGAGGCUCGACAAGAGAACACAGAGUUGAAAAGUACUGCAAAAAAACUUGGGGAGAAGCUGGUAAUUGCCAAAGACAGACUGAUGUUGCAGGAGUGUCAUGUAACACAGAAAACUGAUGACAUGAAGACUGAGCUAGUUCCAGAGAAUGAAGUCCUGGGGGAAGUGAAUGACUUGGAAUCUUGUAGUCUUCAUCCUCAGCAGGACCAAAGCUUUCUCAAGGAGUGUUCAUGCACCAAAGCAAGUGCAGAGACACAGACCAAGAGAGAUACAAGUGUUGAGACAGAAUAUAUGAAGCAACGAUAUGAAGAAGACCUUCGUAAAAUCAAAUACCAGACAGAUGAAGAGAAGAAACGUCUCAAAGACCAGCUGGUGAAGCGCCUGGAAGACUUGGUAAAGAAGCACACCCUGGAAAUCAAGUCAGUUCGCUCAUCUGUAGAGGCAGAAAGAAAGAAGCUGCAGAAGGAAGUAGAAGCACAGUUGGAGGAAGUGAAGAAGAAAUCAGAAAAGGAAAUACAGCAGCUGGAAGAAGAGAAAGCGGCCCUCAGUGUGAAGCUCCAAAAUUCUCUGCUGGAGGUCUUAAGGCUGGAAGAAUUUAUCCAAGAAAACAAGGUAUGUUCCCGAAGAACCGAGGAAAAGUCCCAGGAAUUAGACUGCCAACGCCACAGCAUUUUGGAGACCCAGGAUCUGUGCUUAAAGCUGAAUGAGGCUUCCCAGACGCUGCCCAGAGGAGAAGAGUAUCAGGAUCAAUUGGCCGCCGAAGAAGGAAGCAGCAGCGACGAUGAUGAAAGGAUUGCAGUGCCCCUCAAGGAGGGAAGGGAUCUGCAAGCUCCAGUGGGCACUUUGCUGAAGGAGAAGGCACCUGAAAUCCAGCAUCUGCAGGGGGACUGGCAGAGCCAGAAGGCCAGACUGCAAACCCAGGCCACAGAGGAGCACCUGAAGAAGGAAUCCAGCCACAGCCUGCAGAUCCAACAGCAAGCACACCGGCUGGAGCUCCAGCCCUUGGAGGAGAAGGCGAGUCAAGAGCUGCAGGAGGAGCGUGAGAGGAUGCAGGCACAGCACACCCAGGUGCCAGAGUCCCUCGGGCAAGAGCUGUUGGGGCAGCGGGCAGCUUGCUCCAAGCACCAGCAGGACUUAGAGGCGCUGCAGAUCGAGCUGAAGACUAUGGGCACCUCGGGCAGACGGCAGGCUGUGAUCCAGUGUCUGGGCAACAGUGAGGACCACACCAUCAGCACAGAGGAGGCGGGCAUCUCGGGCCUCGCCGGCUGCCCGCCCGACGCCGGCGAGCAGGGGCAGAGCGCCAGGUGUGGGCUGCGGGAGGAGAACGCGCAGCUUCUGGAUGUGGUGCGGCUGUUGCGAGCCGAGGUGGAGCAGCACCAGCAGGAGGCGCUGCAGCUUCGCGACCAGCGCAGGCUGCUAGAGGAGGAGCAGCAAGCCCAACGGGCCAGGGAGGUGGAGACGCUCCGCCAGGAGCAUCGGAAGGAGAUGCAGGCCAUGGUGGCGGAGUUCAGUGGUGCCCAGGCCCGGUUGCAGGCCCGGCUGGCUGUCCUGGAAGCAGAACUGAAAGAUUCUGGAGAGAAGUCAGGGAAGGGAGCAAGACCCGAGGACCUCCAGCUCAUUGGCCGCCUGCAGACCCGCUUGAAGGAGAGAGAGGAGACCAUCAAGCAGCUCACGGAAGAGAGAAGAUUCUACUGUGCAGCAUUUCCCAGCACAAUGUCUCAUCGGAAUCGGUCCUUUUCUUUUAAUCCUCACCCAGGAUACUUGACCCCUUCCAUGAAGAAGAAGAGAAUGGAGGAAGUGCCCAGCCGAGUGGUCAGCGUGCCAAACCUCGCCUCCUAUGCAAAGAACUUUCUGAGUGGAGAUCUGAGUUCCAGAAUCAGUGCCCCUCCGAUAACUAAGUCACCCAGCUUGGACCCAAGCCCCAGCUGUGGCCGGCCUUACAAGCCCACUCCGCCUCUAGAGGCAAAAACUGCUACAAGGACACAAGAUGGUGAAACAGCCCAACCCAAAGACGUACAGCAGAAACCAGGCCCUCCGCACCAGGAGUGGUUCACUAAGUACUUCUCUUUCUAAACCAAUCUUUGGGAUACAUCACAAGGACAUUAGAUUUCUUCUGCAAUGUCUGAUCGAAGGAAUGGAAAAAACAAAUAACUUGCUUGUAAUAUGAUUUAUAUAUAAUACAUUCCAUGGUGACUCCAAUUCAUUAAAAAAAAAAAAAAAAAACGACAUUAGAUAAAACCAACCAGUGUUAUGGAAAAGCAGCAAUAGGAAAAUGUUAUGAAUGUCACUAAUGACCUACACAGUGUAUUUCUAGUGUCCAUAACAUCAUAAUCCACUUUGAUGGGUAUCACUUUGUGAUUUCCAUGGUCUGCUUUACAAGUGGUUUCAUUUUUCCUUAGGAUGCCAGUCACUGCCACUGGAAGAGUUGUUUCUAAAUUAAAUGAUGUUAAUUCCAAAAUGCACAUCUAACCUCAGAAGGAACAGGAAUAAAACAAAGCUCAAAAUAAACUGGAAAGCUAUUUAGAAAACAACAAACCUACUAAAAAUGAACUGUGGUACACUUGGAGUGAGCACUCUUGACUUCCUAGGUCUAAGACAGCAGCCAACGAUAGAGGGCAGAACACCUACCUCAAAAGGAGCUUUGUAACAAUUUAACAAGGCAAUAUGGUUAAGAUACCAACAUGGGUUGGAAUCUUCUGGGAACAGUCAGGCCUUGUCCCACCAGGCAUCUCAAUUUCAGUGACUGUAGCACCAACUUGGUCAUUUGAAAAUUUCUAGACUGUUCUUUGAAGUCAAAGAUCCACUGAGCAUCUGGUCUUUUGGUCUGGGCCAUUUGUGUUGCUUUCCCACUACACAGGCUUAGUGGAGUAGAGCGAAAUGGAAAUGACUGUUCAAGGUGCUGACCCUGAUCUCGGCCCAUCUUCCGAUGGGCAGUGUGACUUGAUAACACCCACUACAACUUGUAGUGGGCAAAAUAUUUUCUCAGUCCUUUGGUGCUGGCCCAACAAGUGGCCUGUUAACAGAUGUUCAUUCUAUGCUCUUUGCUCUUUGAAUAAAACUAACA